GGGGAGGCCGGAAGGGCGGGGCGACCGCGGCCACUUCCGCUUCCGCCAAGGAGAGCCCGGCGCCGCGGUCAUGAGUCGCUACAAGUUCGUGGAUAUUGGUAUCAACUUGACAGAUCCUGUAUUCAGAGGAAUUUAUAGGGGGGUUCAGAAGCAUCAAGAUGACUUACAGGAUGUAAUACAGAGAGCUGUCCAAAUUGGUGUUAAAAAGUUUAUGAUUACAGGUGGAAAUCUACAAGACAGUAAAGAUGCACUCCAUUUGGCACAAACAAAUGAUAUGUUUUUCAGUACAGUUGGAUGUCAUCCUACAAGAUGUGAUGAAUUUGAAAAGAAUAAUCCCGAUAUUUACUUAAUGGAGUUGCUAAAUCUUGCUGAAAACAACAAGGGGAAAGUUGUAGCAAUAGGGGAAUGUGGACUCGAUUUUGACCGACUACAGUUUUGUCCCAAAGAUACUCAGCUCAAAUAUUUUGAAAAACAGUUUGAACUGUCAGAUCAGACAAAAUUACCCAUGUUUCUUCACUGCCGAAACUCACAUGCUGAAUUUUUGGACAUAAUGAAAAGAAAUAGAGAUCGGUGUGUAGGGGGAGUAGUGCAUUCAUUUGAUGGUACCAAGGAAAUAGCAGCUGCUUUGGUUGACUUGGAUCUCUAUAUAGGAUUUAAUGGUUGCUCACUGAAAACUGAGGCUAAUUUGGAAGUUUUGAAGUCAAUACCUAGUGAAAAAUUAAUGAUUGAGACUGAUGCACCUUGGUGUGGAGUCAAAAGUACACAUGCUGGUUCAAAAUAUGUAAAAACGUCAUUUCCUACCAAAAAGAAAUGGGAAAAUGGGCACUGUUUGAAAGACAGAAAUGAACCUUGCCAUAUAAUAGAUCUCCCUUCUAAAUAAAUUCCUUGAAGCACAUUUUGGAGGUCUUGCCAUAUGCCAUUUUACUGAGGCUAUAUAGAAGAAUCCAGACAGUCCCUUCCCUCAUCUAUCCACCAAUGAGUAGGUACAUUGUGCCAGGCACUUUGGAUAAGGCACUAAUUGAGUCAGACGAGGAUUCCUUCCCUCUGGAACAAACAAGCACAUAAAAAGUAUAAUUCUAGCUGGUAGUGGUGGUAUAGAGGUAUGAAUGUGUGACUGAGACCAUAGGACAUAGCAACUGCCCGCCUUGAGGGGAAAUAAGAGAACUAAAGUGACAUUUCAACUGUUUACUAACUGGGAAUUAUGCCAGACCAAGAUAAACACGCUGAGCAAAGGCAGACUGUUAGAGGACUUAGCUGCUCCAGAGGAACAGUGAGUUAGGGUGCCAGAAAGUAGGAUGCACGAGUAAGUGAUCAGUCUGGGAAGGUAGAGUGAGGCCAGAUUGUGAGGGCUCUUCUGUGCCAACUUUAGUAGUUUAGAUUUUAUCAGGACCCAAAGGACUUUAAACGGGAAAAUGGCAGCUUUUUUCUUAAGCUGUAACAUGGUAUCAGUGUGGAGAAAGGACUGGAAAGGAGAAGGGUAUCAGGAAUCUAUUUUGCACAGUAUUAUGCAAGUUCCAAUUCCAAAUAGUUUAAUAGAGGAAAAUUCUGCAAUUUACGAAGAAAAUUGGAUCUUUAGUGUCAAUUUAAAUUAACAGAUUUACUUUCAGCAUAUUUUUGACUGUCAGAUAACAAAAAUUUAGUCAGUUCAUUUAGUAUACAAAUUAAGCAAGCAUUUUGUGCUACUUUUACGGAAUAAAGUUCCAGUUCAUCUUUAAUCUCCAUCCCUAAUACCAUUUGGUGUUUUAUAUUUAAGAAACUGAUAAAAAGGAACAAAAAGCUUAAUAUAAAGACUAUUUA